GUCCAAAGCUUCGCUCAGGCACAGCCCCGUUUCGGAGGUUGAGGGUGGACGCGCUGCUCUGUCUCCGCCAUGUCCAUGUUGUUGUUGUCAUCUCCGCCCCUUAUCUGACUGAAGCGCAGAGCCCCGCCAGUCCAGCACGCUGUCAGAGGAGAGAGGGGGAUUUUCUCUUUUUUUCCUCUCCUUUCUUUCUUCUUCUUCUUCUUCUGAGUGGAGCUCAGAGCUAUAUACCGGCUUGUUUGGUUUUCUUCAGGAUGUCCUCCAAACACUCAGAGUGACACGAGUUUUAAAGCCAAAUGCUGCUGCAGCCGGCGCGCUCUGCACACGCGUGGGUCAUGCGCUGCACCUGACAGACUUUCUUCCAUACUUUUUUUUUUUUUUUUUUUUUUUUUUUUUGGUAAAAGGAAAACUCAACAAGAAGUUGAAGAACCCGCGGACUCCUUCCAAGGCGGACUGUGUUUUACACCAAAACAAAUUUAUAUUUAAUCUUUUUUUUAUUCGUUUAAAGCUGCACCACAAAGGCGAAACGGCGACCUCAGUCGAUUACCUUUCUUUCCUUUGCUAUCCCAUGGAUAUUCACUGCAAAGCAGACCCCUUCUCGGCGAUGCACCGGCACGGCGGUGUGAACCAGCUCGGCGGGGUGUUUGUGAACGGCAGACCCCUCCCGGACGUGGUGCGGCAGCGGAUAGUGGAGCUGGCCCACCAGGGCGUCCGGCCCUGCGACAUCUCCCGACAGCUACGGGUCAGUCACGGCUGUGUCAGCAAAAUCCUCGGCAGCUAUCAGAAGGCAUUUCAGAGGUACUACGAGACCGGCAGUAUUAAACCGGGAGUCAUCGGGGGCUCCAAACCAAAGGUGGCAACGCCGAAAGUAGUGGAUAAGAUCGCGGAGUACAAGCGCCAGAAUCCCACGAUGUUUGCGUGGGAGAUAAGGGACCGACUCCUGGCGGAGGGGGUCUGCGACAACGACACAGUACCCAGUGUUUCAUCCAUCAACAGGAUUAUCCGCACCAAAGUCCAGCAGCAAUUCCACCCGUCCCCUGAUGGAUCCGUCACGCCGCUCUCCACACCCGGCCACACCAUAGUGCCCAGCACAGCCUCGCCUCCCGUGACCAGUGCCUCCAAUAAUCCCGUAGGAUCCUACUCCAUCAACGGCAUUCUGGGUAUUCCCCGCUCCAACGGCGAGAAAAGGAAACGGGAUGAUGUUCUCUGGAGUGGCAACCACUUGGAUGGAAGGAAAAUAGGACAUUAUGGCUCAGAUGGCUCAGGCCCUGGCAGUGACUCGCAGGGCAGUGUGGAGAGUUUAAGGAAACAUCUGCGAGCAGACGCCUUCACCCAGCAACAGCUGGAAGCCCUGGAUCGCGUGUUCGAACGGCCGUCUUACCCUGAUGUCUUCCCCACAUCAGAACACAUCAAACCAGAGCAGGCGAAUGAGUACUCCCUCCCAUCCCUGAAUGCCAGCCUGGAAGAUGUGAAGCCCAGCCUCUCCACCAGUGCCAGCUCCGACCUCGCUUCCAGUGUCUCGCAGAGCUAUUCUGUUGUGACAGGUCGAGAAAUGGCGAGCACCACUUUACCUGGCUACCCACCCCAUGUCCCCCCCACAGGACAAGGCAGCUACCCCACCUCCACUCUUGCAGGCAUGGUUCCUGGGGGUGACUUUUCUGGAAACCCUUAUUCUCAUCCCCAAUACACAACCUACAAUGAGGCUUGGAGGUUCAGUAAUCCAGCGUUACUGAGUUCCCCUUAUUAUUAUAGUGCCGCAUCCCGUGGCUCCGCGCCUCCCGCUGCUGCCACUGCCUAUGACCGCCACUAGUCACCCCGGAGACCAGCGCAAACUGCAAGGCCAGAGCUUCAACCUCCACGUUGUUCCUGUCUGAGAAACAGCGGGACCUCUUCAACUUAUGCGAUAAAGACGAAGGAUGAACGAGGCUGGAGCUGCCGCUGUUUUUACGCAUUGUGGGUCAGAGCAAUGGGGAGGGGGAGGGUCCCGAAGGAGAUUGGAGCCUGUGAGUUCCUCACAGGCUUGAACAUUUCCAGAAUGACUUCAAUAGAAUCUAUAAAUAUAUAUAUUAUAAAAUAUAAACUGAAGAAAAAAACUGUGUGAAGAAUACCAUGUGGAAAAAAUUUUGUGGGAUUUAUAAUUAUUUUUUUUUUGUCUUUUUGUUGCUGUUGUUGUUGUUAUUUUAUUCAUGAUUCCUCACACCUCUUUAUGUAAUAAACUGCAGUAUUUUUUGUCUUCUCUCAAGAGACAUGUCCAGGAGUGAUUGAUGGUGGUUCCACAGAUUGAUAAUGUAGCAACUUACACCAGUGUUGCGGGCCUGCUUUCUACACUUCAAAGAGAUGGGUUCUCCACAUUUAAAGUCAAGCAAACCUUUUUUCUUUUUUUCUUUCUUUUUUUUUCUGGUGCUUUGACAUAAUUCCUUCGGUCGUCCUUCUUCUCCGGCCCAUCUUGAGCUAUCAGCACAUCCUUCGAUGUUUACCGAUCCUUCAUUCCCAGAGCAACGUCGCACCUGUGGCAAACAAUCAGAUGUAAAAAUGUAAAUUCUUUUGCAAAGUAUAAAAAAGAAAAAAAAAAAAAAAAGAAGUGUGGUGACCAUGCAUUUAUAAGGGUCAUGUCAGGAUUUUAAAUACUUCAACAAUGUGAGGGAUUUUCCUGUCAAAGUUUUUAUGUCAACAAACUUAUCAAAGAUUUUCUGGAUUGUUUUUUGUUUUUUUUUCCUGUCAUGUUCCUUUGCUCUUUUUUGCACUAACAACUCUUUUUGAGGAACAGUUACCUGGAAAUCUCAGUUUAAUGGCUAAAUUAAACACACAAACAAUUCAUUCUGGAGCUCUCUGGCUGAAUGAUGCCUCUUGAUCCAGUUGCAGAAGUAAAACCACAAGAUGCCCGCAAAGCUUAGAAAGAUGAUGCAGUUGUGACAAGAAUAACCAUAAAUUAGCUUCAAUAACUGCCUUACAAGCUUGUUUUGUCAACCUUAACUUACACCUCUUUGGUAGAAGUCAUAUUUUCCUCUUCACAGAGCCUGAAAUCGAGCAUUUGUUUUUGUUUGACUGUUUGUUUUGGGGGAGAAUAUUCUGUGAAUGUACUCCUCCUACCACAUUUGCCAAAGACUUAGUUUGAUAUUUAAUAUUUUAUUUACAGUAAGUUUAAUAUUUCAGUAUUAUCUUAUAAAUGAGUCAAGACUCAACAUGUACGCCGAGACAGGUGAACGACAUGAUCCAUGCGAGGAAGGUGAAAUCCAGUGGCUUAAUAUUCCAACAGCUGCAAACUAAGUGCUGCUUUUUAGAAAGAUGUGUGAAUAAUGUGAAGACAAUUUGUCUCUGUAAAUAUAUAACAUCAUACAGAAACACCGCUGCAGUAUCGUACUAAUGUACCAGCUCCCUUUGUAGAUAAACACACUGAAGCUCAUGAAAAAAGAGAAAAAAAAUGAAAAGAAAAACGUGCAUUACAUUUGUGUCUCAGUGUGAUGUUCUGCUCUGAGGAAAGUAUAACCUAUGGCUAUAUAGCAGUGGCAGGUUUCAGAUGCUAACAUCCACAUAGGUUGUCUUUUGUCGUUUUUGCUCUUUUUUUUCCUCUUUGAUUUGUUGUCAUGAUGGUGUUUUAUGUCACUAUGCAAUAAGUUGAAUGGCUUUCUGCCGCUGUUUUGUUGUCGGGCUCAAAAUAACCGGUCCCCAUGGAGAACAGUACAAAGGUUAACUAAAGGAUUCAAACAACUCGUGGAGAGAAAUCAUUUCUUCCUUUAAUUGUUUUUGCUUCCCUUUCACGAAGAAGUCCUGGGUAACAAUCAAAGAUGUCAUCCUGUUUGCUGUUUGUAGAUGUAAUCAUCUCCUUGUGCAGAAACACAGAAUCCCCAGACACAAAACUGUCCACCAUCUCUCUGUUCUAUGAUUAACAAUGGGCAACCAAGCUAAAACCUGCUGUAAGGAAGAGAACCAAGAAAGAAGAGAACAGCGCUCAAUCUGAAAGCAAUCUUCCACAAAUUGCACUUGGGAUUUGCAUAUCUGAAAAUGUAACAACCUGGUCUUUCCUCUCGGACAUGGAGAACCUCUGCUGGACCGGGUCACCCGCUGCUGUAAAAGAUGAUACAGGACACGUGUCACGGACAUUAAAAGGAUCUGAUGAAAAUCUAUAAGGAAAGCCUCGUGGCCUCAAUCAUUGUUCCUUUUCAGUUCUGUUUCAAUUCUCUCUUCUUUUUUUUUUUGUGCACAUGAGAAAUAAAUUCUUUUAUAUGUCCA